UUGGCAUCCUAGCUAAGCAAACAACAUCAUUUAGCUUGCUUCAUCAGAGAUUGGGCUUUUGGAAAGAACUUGAUAUAGGGAAAAUCCCCCUGGGGUGGUGACCAGAAAAGCACAGAACAUGUAAUGUAGCUCAGCCUGACUUGAAAGCAUGGGGCUGAGGCUGGUUGACAAGCAAGGGCCUCAGAGCCAGAAGAUGGUGAUCUUCGGAGCCAUCUUCCUCCUGAUGACCCUCCUCAUCCUCUUUAGCUCCAACAGCGGCAACGACAUCAGUCCCUUCUACAGUCCCUUCCGGGCGUCCUCGCCUCAUCACGCCAUCAAGGUCACUGACCUCAAGAAAUGGGCAGGGAAGGAGGGCUAUGUGGCUGUCUAUGGAAACAAGAGUCUGACACUGCACUGCCACCACUGUGCCCUGGUGACCAGCUCCAGCCACGUGCUGGGCAGCGGGGCCGGACCUGACAUCGACCGCGCCCAGUGUGUCAUCCGCAUGAACGAUGCCCCCACCACGGGGUUUGACCGUGACGUGGGGAGCCGGACCACCCUCAGGGUGGUGGCUCACUCCAGCGUGUUCAGGGUGGUUCGACGGCCAGCCGAGUUUCUCAACCUCACAGACCGCCAGGCAAAUUCUGCAGUCAUAUUCUGGGGACCACCCACCAAGAUUGGUAGAGAGGCUAAAGGAACACUGUACCGUCUGAUCCAGAGAGUCAGCAUGACCUACAGUAACCUGUCCAGCUUUACCAUCACUCCCGGCAAGAUGCACAAGUUUGAUACACUGUUUCAGAAGGAGACAGGGCGAGACAGAGCAAAGUCUCAGUCCUGGUUGAGCACCGGCUGGUUCACCAUGGUGAUCGCCAUAGAGAAGUGUGACAAUAUUAAAGUGUACGGGAUGGUUCCGCCCAGUCACUGUGGGAAAAAGCCCCAGCCCAAGAAGAUGCCUUACCACUACUAUAAACCCAGAGGCACAGAUGAGUGUGUGACCUACCUGCAGAACGAGAGGGGCCGGAAGGGGCCCCACCAUCGCUUCAUCACGGAGAAACAGGUGUUUGCACGCUGGGCCAAGCAGUAUAACAUCACCUUCGCCCACCCCACAUGGUGAGAUGACUGGUUCCUUCAACAAAGUUAGCCCAAGGUCUGGGAGAGGUGAUACACACAUCUGGACCAGGGUCCUAGACAGUGCACGAGUACCCAUUUCACACUACUGAGCUGAGACAAGCCUAGCUUGGUUGGGCAUCUACCAUAUUUGCUGGAACUGUGCUGUAAAGGACAAUGUGAAAAUGAAAUAUCCAAGCCAGCACAUGUAUGGUUGUUGUCGGCCCUAUUAUGUCAAUCUGCAAUAUUAAAUUGAAUAUACUUUAUUAUUCUUAUAGACCCACACAGUUCUCUGUGUGCCACCUUCUCCGAAUGGUAGCCAUUUCUGUGUGAGUUACUGUAGCUCGGUGAUGACAAAGUAUUUUUAUUUUAUUUUCAAUAUGAAGCUGAGCUUGGUUUGUAACCAUUAAUAUAAAUUCUGAAUGUGUUUUUUGUUUGUUGACAAAGCUAGCCAUCAAUACAAAGAGAAGUAGAGUGCAAGAUGUACAUUUAACAGGAUUUUGUAAAUACUGUAUUUCCGGUGUUUGGCAAGGAAGUUUGAAAAGGGCAACUGACAAUGUUGAUUGUAAAUAAACAAAUUGAUAUUUAAA